AUCGGUUCUCGGGGUUGAUUACACUCCCCUGAACUAGCCACGGCCUCGCCCGCGAUCCCAUUGUAGCGUGCAUAUAGUUUACAAUUUCUUACCAUUUUCGGUCUACGCUAUCAAAACCAUGGCAGACGACGAGUUAGAGGCAAUUAGACGGCAACGAAUGGCAGAACUCCAGGCAAAGCACGGCGAUUCCGCAAAGAAUCAGCAAGGAGAGGAGGCCAAACAAAGAGAGACAGAGAUGAGGAACUCCAUAUUAUCCCAAGUUCUCGACCAGUCUGCUCGUGCCAGGUUGAACAGGCUUGCUUUGGUAAAGCCGGAGAAAGUCCGUUCAGUUGAGGAUUAUCUCAUUCAAAUGGCACAGUAUGGUUCACUAGCAGGGAAGUUUAUCCUAAACCAGGUUGCGAGGGCUGCUGGAGCCUAUGCCAGAUAACUUCGGGCGGAAGGUUGAUUACACCCUGAACUGGUCGUCAGUCAGCUGCAGGGCACAUCGAGUGAAGACCAAUCAUUCACACCCACAUCCUCUCCUUCAUUGAGUGGGAACUGAUCCCACGCUGCCCACACACAAGCCAGGCGAGCGUACCACUACACUAGGGGUGCCCAAACUUUUUGGACUGAAGAUCUACUUUUUGAUCAGCCAACCUCCCGGGAUCGCCCCUUACCGGCAUAUACGCACGCACACCAUGAUGAGAAACAGCCUGAAACUGAGGCAUGUGAUGCACUUUUAUCCUAUUCUUUGCCCGUGCCCUCGGUGAAUUGUACACGAAAAAAACUCUGAAUGAGAAUAAUGACGAUAAAACAUAUAGCGUAACAGCUCUGAUUAUAAGAUGCAGUUGCAGACUGCUGAGCGCUAACAACUUCCGGUGACGUAAUCACGCGCCACCGUAAGUUCAAGAUUUACCUGCUUAAUUUAAUUUAUUUAUUUAUUUAUUGAAAAUGAGACUGAUAGGGUGAUUAGGGUGCGGCGUACAUUAACACAAAAAAUAUAUUACUAACAUGUACAAAGACACACAAAUGGCUGUUUUUUUUCUCCUCGACACUCCUCAGAUCUACUUGGGACCUGUCUUAGAUCUACCGGUCGAUCAGGAUUGGCGAAAUGGGCACCCCUGCAUUACACCAUCAGUGACUCAGAUGAAAUUGAUUAAAAUCUUAUUUAUUAAUUUUCAUUAACUGUUAGAUUUCAUUUUGUGCAGUAACUUGCCGAGUUUGCUGUACAGUCUGUCACCUGGUGGCAGCUCCAUGAUACAAGCAGAGUGAGUGAAACCUUUUCUCCAUAAACUCAAGCUGCUUUUGUCGUUCUUCUUCGCCGUUUGUUGUAAUCCAACAUAAGAAACAUGAAGAAACAAAAGAAGACAUGUGACAAAAGGCGCGAUAGGAGAGAAGUGGUACUAUUUUCGCGGUAUCAAUCGUCAUAUCGCCCAGCUCUGCCCUUGUGGGAAUGGGAUUUUUACAAAUUAUUGGAUGAGCUAAAAUGUUGAAAUAUUUGGAGGUUUUAAAAAUAACGUAUUUAAUUAUUUUUAAAAGGUGUCUUCUAUUAUUGUUUUUAUUAUUUCAGAAUUUUGGAGAACUGAGGUUUCAGCCCGACAGCAACUUUGUUUUUUCCUCAGACCAUGUGGUGGUGGGGUGGGGGGGGGGGGUUCCAAACCAGAUUUAUUACUCCACAGACAAGAAUAUAUUAUUUUCUUUUGUUGAUCUUUCCCCAGAAUUAAUCAACUUGGUUAAGGACGCUAUAACCACUGUGUUGUAAAUACAAUUAUUUUUUCCUCUUUCCAGAUUUCUGAUUCGGGCUUGGUUGAGAUCCUAGAAAAA